AUGACAUCCUUGUAUCCCGCUUGUCCGUCCGGCCAAAAGCUCGCAAGUGACUGGGAGGUGCAAGGGAGGCGUAAUAGAAAAGAGUCUCCUGGUCCCAGAGGAAAGCCUGGUACGGUAGCGCCAGGAAGGACGGGGUUGCAGGAGUCAUAUAGGCUACCGAAAAGGAAAAGGACUAUAAUGGCGAUCUGUACUUAUAACGCACGUAAGCUUGCAUCGGAAGUGGCCAUCGAAGAUCUGAUGAUGCAAGCCAAGAAGAUCAAGUACGACGAACAUGCGACAGUAGAGGUGUUGGUGGAGUUAGCGUCCUCGUCAACACGAUUAUGGCAAAGAACAUCGACUCUUUCGAACAACUUACGACUCGAAUCGUAUGAGAAGAUGUGGUCCAACAUCAGCUUUGACUAUGCUUACGCUCCAACAUCAAGCUACGAUGAAGAAGAAGUCGAAGCUUUCUAUAUGGACCUAGAGAAGUUCUACCGAGAAGAUCAUGCCUUCUACAAGAUCAUAAUUGGCGAUUUCAAUGCCAAGACCACAUCAUCGUCAAUCAAAUUUUCUGCCUGGCGGACGUCGCUGUUGUACCAAAGUUCUAUACGGGAUCGGACCAUUCUUUCCCGAGGAAGAUUUUCUUUCACAAGGAGAGCAGAGAAAGCCGCCAAGUUCAGAGGGAGAAAUCCCAGAACUAUCAUCAACUGGGAUCUCUUCGCUGCGUCAGCCGGCUUUUGGGAAGAUUCCGCAAUAGACAACAUCGACGAGGAAUAUGACCGGCUCGUUGAACACCUUCACAACUGCGCGAAGAAGGCUGAGAGUUCUAAAACCACCAAAAGACGCCUGUCUCUUGAAACUCUUGAGCUGAUACGCCAGCGUGGUGCAGUACGAGCUGCAGGGAACCAAGAACUCACAUCCGAGCCCGCAAGGCUUUGCAGAGAGGCGAUAAAGGAAGACCUUAAAGAGAGAAGAGCAGAACCGCUGGCUGAAGCUGAAGAGGCGGGGAAAAGCAUCCAUCGAGCCUUCGCCAGUCGCAAGACAAGGAUGACUGUUUUCCGGAACCCGAAGGGAACAACCAUUGCAUUGCACAAGGGGGAUGGAGAAAAUCAUCUACGACUUCUACUCCGAUCUCUUCGACAGCCACUUGCCUCCUCACCAUCUUAA